AUGUUUACAAAUUUUACUAUUCACAAAACAUCAAUUAAUAAUGGGAAUAUUGUUGCCUAUACAUUUGACACCCAACUGGAUGACCAGGAUCAGUACCACUUAUACUGGAACUACAAUACCAACUCAGUCACCUUUCGCGUGAAGGCACAGUUAGCCCACAAUAAUGACUGGUUUGCUAUCGGUUUCUCACAUGAUGGGGGUAUAGGUGGCGCCGAUAUAUGCAUCAUAUGGGCUGACGCUGAGUCUAAUCUAAAAUUACAGGAACUACAUGUGGACAGUGAGGGCCUGGCUGUGGUGGACCCCACCAACGACUGCCUUCGUUUGAAUGCCAGUCUAGAGUCAAAUGAAUUGAGUUUUGCGUUUAGACGCGCGUUCAACACGUGCGACCCAUACGACUAUAUUAUCGAGGAUGGGACCACUAAUAUGGUGUACGCGACGGGCAGUGCGACUAAAAACCAUACAAUAGAUAUGAAUGAUAGUAAACACGGGACCCGACCCAUUAGACUUAUGGAUAUUCCGGAUCCCUGGGCAAACGGCUCCAAACCUUUCGUAUACCCGGAAGAGGUAGGCGUUGCAGUGGGCGGUCAAAGUGGUCCCCAAUACCUCUUACUUGAAACUCAUUACCACAACCUUGCUUAUAAACCAGACAUACUAGACAGCUCAGGGUUACGUAUAUACGUAAUUAAUAAACCACGCAAAUACGACGCCGGCCUAGUAAAAAUAGGCAUGAACUCAUUUGGUAAAUACGUUGACCUCCCGCCCAAUCGCCCGGUGGUUGACUUGAGUGUCUACGUGACCCCCGAGUGCUCAUCGGUGGCACUGCCCGUCAAUGGUAUUACAAUAUUUGCUCAGGAGUUUCAUACACAUCAAAAACGUACCAGGGUCUGGACCCAACACGUACGUAAUGGUACAGAAUUGGCCGAGUUUAACCGAGAUAAUCACUGCAACUACCAGUUCCUUGAUAUUUGGCUAUUAAAACAAAGAGUAACUGUUAUGCCUGGAGAUGUGCUAGUUCAUACCUGCAGUUAUGAUACUACAAAAAACCCAGUGGCUCCGGAUAUUAUGUGCAGUACAUUUUUCCACUAUUACCCGGCUACUAAUUUGAAAUGGGUGGUCAAUGAAUUAGGGCCUUAUAUUAGAUAUUUGGGACAACACUUGGAUUAUACUGAACAGCAAUUAAAUGAUAAUAGACCACCAUUUGAGGAAAUAUGCGAUAAAUUGUCCGGUGAAAGUUACCCGGUAUAG